AUGUCUUACAACGACAGUCGGUACUGGUACGAGCCAGGGCAGGGAAAUCUUUCGGAUUCCGGAUAUCACGAUCAGUCUCAGAGAAAUGAUGUCCUUCAGCAACGAGUAAUAGCACUAGAAAAUGAAGUCAGAUGGCUCAAAAAUGAACUUGAGCAACUCAAACGAGGAAUGCAAAAUCAACAAAAUAAUCGAGCUGAUGACCCGCAAGCCCAAUUUCUCCGGCAACUCUCAGAAAUGGCUCUUCAUUCGGAUCAAACCCAAAGACCAGGUAGAACUUCAUCUUCAACCCGGACCAAUCAAGAAAUCACCGAUUCUUUUGGCCUCCACAAGAAGCAAAUAGAAAUUCUCCAGGACAAAGGCUGCCUUGGCCAUUUCAACGAAAUCGACGCCAGCCCGACUCAUGGAGGAAAGAAGCCAUUUGAUCGGAGCUGCAUGGCGCUCAUUUUGCAGGCGAUGGACAAUGGAUUGAAGGAUUUCACAAUCAAGGGAGGGCAUUCGGCGAAUAUUCUAGAAGUUGGAGAAUCAAUGAUGAUAAUUACGAAUGAGAAGGAAGAGCGAACUUUAUUGCCUCAAUGGACCACUCACAUUUCCAUCUUCCACAAAGGAAAAUAUGUACGAUUCAAGGCAAAAUGCUUCGUGAUCGAUGCUUACGCCGGAUUUGUCCAAAAGGAAUACGACUGGAAAGAGACGAAUUCAGAUGGGCACUACAUUCAAUUGAUUCUGCCGACUGAUUUUCCCGACUGUGCAUUUAACUAUCGAUUCCACGUGACUAUUCUUUAA